AUGUCCGGCGGCGGCCCCCUCUUCGGCCUCAUCCCGGCCGGCCUGCCCCUCAUCACCGACCCGACCUCCGCGCCGUCGCCCACCUCCCUCCUCUACGCCCUCCCCUCUUCCCGCAGCUUCUCCCACAUCACGUUGUUCCUCCUCCCCGGCGUCUCCCUCCCGCCCGGCACCGCCGCCGCCAUCUACCUCGCCUCCGCGUCCGCCCCGCAGUCCUUCAAGUUCCUCGGCGCGAUCGGGCCCGGCAAGGAGAGCGCCGUCUUCAAGGUCGGCGGCGGCGGCGGCGGCGACGGCUUAGUCGUCGGCGUGUCCGUCGAGCCCGAGGCCGACGUGGCGCGCAAGAUGCAGGAGCUCGGCGCGGAGAAGAGCGCGACGGCCGGGUCGACGCAGCAGCAGCAGCAGCAGCCGCCGACGGCGGUGCUGGCGCAGCGCAUCAUACAGAACGCGUUCAACUUCCUCACUGGAUUCAGCGGCACGGCCGGCCCGGGCGGCGUCGAGGUCGUCCCGCUCAAGGCUUUUGAGGAGUGGUGGCGCAAGUUUGAGAAUCGCGUGCGCAACGACCCCAGCUUCCUGGAAAGGCAAUCCGACUAG